CGCAGUGAUCAUUCCCCCCUCAACUAGACUCCGCAGAGACUGGGGACAUGCCAUUGACCCUGUUGCAGGAUUGGUGUAGGGGGGAACACCUGAACACCCAGCGGUCCAUGCUCAUCCUGGGGAUUCCUGAGGACUGUGGUGAGGAUGAAUUCGAGGAGACUGUUCGGGAGGCUCUCAGGCACCUGGGCAGGUAUAGGGUCAUUGGUAGGAUGUUUAGGAGGGAAGAGAAUGCCCAAGCGUUUCUCUUGGAGCUUGCCCAAGAUAUUGACUAUUCUUUGAUCCCCAGGGAAAUACCUGGAAAGGGAGGGCCCUGGGAAGUGGUUGUAAAACCUCGGAACUCAGAUGGGGAAUUUCUCAAUAGACUGAACCGCUUCUUAGAGGAAGAGAGGCGGACAGUGUCUGACAUGAACAGGGUGCUUGGAUCGGACAUCAACUGUCCUGCUCCAAGACUGGCCAUAUCUCCUGACUUCUGGACUUGGGCCCAGACCCUGGGGGCCGCAGUGCAGCCACUGCUAGAACAAGUGUUGUACAGAGAACUAAGAGUGUUUUCUGGGAACACUGUGUCCAUCCCAGGGGCAUUGGCCUUUGAAGCCUGGCUUGAGCACACCACUGACAUGCUACAGAUGUGGCAGGUCCCCGAGGGUGAAAAGAGGCGGCGGCUGAUGGAAUGCUUGCGGGGCCCCGCUCUGCAGGUGAUCAGCGGGCUGCGGGCCAGCAAUGCUGCUAUAACUGUGGAGGAGUGCCUGGCCGCCCUGCAGCAGGUGUUUGGACCUGUGGAGAGCCGCAAAAUUGCCCACGUAAAAUUUUGUAAGGCCUAUCAGGAGGUAGGAGAGAAAGUCUCCAGCUUUGUGCUGCGUUUGGAACCCCUGCUCCAAAGAGCCGUAGAAAAAAAUGCAGUGUUACGGAGGAAUGUGAAUCAGGCUCGUCUGAAACAAGUCUUAAGUGGGGCUACCCUUACUGACAAACUUCGAGACAGGCUUAAGCUGAUGAAACAGCGAAGGAAGCCACCUGGUUUCCUGGCACUGGUGAAGCUCCUACGUGAGGAAGAGGAGUGGGAGGCCACUUUUGGUCCAGACAGGGAGAGGAUACCAGGGCUAGACGCAGGCGUAAGGUCAUCUGCCAGAGCCAAUGCUUUCAGAGCAGUGUCCUUCCCUGCCCCUGGCAACACUCUUCAGGCCAGGCCUUCCCAAGGCUUCAGACGCAGGAGGGGCAGAGGACAGCACCGAAGGGGACGUGUGCUAAGGGCCAGGUCUCGAGGUUCAGGAAAACGGAAACACCACACGUUCUGCUAUAGCUGCGGAGAAGACGGCCACAUUAAGGCGCAGUGCAGCAAUGCUCCAAACCUGCACUUGGUAAGGCAGAGGAGACAGGCUGCGGCAGAGUCGGGAAAUGGGAACUGGGCUUGGGAAAAGAGCCAUCCCAAGCCCAAGGCCAAGUAGGCUCCGGAGAACAGGGCAGCUCCUCUUACUACAGGCCAAGGAAAUGGAAGAGUUAUUGCAAGAAUGGAAAGGGGCAGUCCACACAAACAGCAGGGUACUCGAGUGGGGUGGAGGGGCAAAGAAGCCAGACCCAGGCUGAGCCCCCUCAUCCUCUGUCAGCUGAAAGGGACUGCACUCACCAAGCCACACGGGGCUCAGUGAUGGCCAAGAGCAGUGCCCUGAAGAGGUGCCAGAGACACAAGUGGCAGGCUGCCACACUCAGCGCAUGGGGUGCACCAGAUGCAGGCAGAGACUUCGACAUCGCAGAGGCUGAAGAAGGUGCAGCUGGGGACUCGGUCAUUGGUCCCAUUGUCUGGCCACCCCUAUAUGCCCACCCCAUGGGCUCCGAGCUAAAGAUGCUUACUGGCCCUCAGGCUAUACUGGGCCUGAAGGAAUCUUCCCCAGGGCCAGUCCUACCAGCAAGAGUCAACUCUUGCACAACCAAGAGGAAAUGCCCUGGAGCAGAUGCCACACAGUCCAGCCCAUCUUUAGCGUUGUCUGCACUGCUCUAGCGGAGCAAGAAGGCAAGAAGGCAACACCCUCGAGCACCUGCACGAGUGAGAGCAGGAGACCCAAACGCCCUGGUAGCCUAGCACCAGCCUACGGGCAACUUCCUUCCCGUACAGCCUGGAAGGGCUCUGAGGGCAAGGAGAGCAAAGACUGUGAGGCGAAGACCCCUGGGCCACACAGAGUCUUGGCUUAGCCUGAGAGGUGGGCUGCCGCAUACCUGGCCGACCAGUACCUACAGCUGGCUCUAGUGUGACUGGAUGUGCAGGGAAACUUUUGUUCCAAAGUAGGAAGAGAAAGAGGAGGAGGAAAGGAGGAGGAGAAAAAGUAUAGGACAGGAAGAGGAAAAGGUGAAGGAGA